CCACCAACAAAAACCGAACCACUGUUGCCCGAAUCUCCCGUGCUUUCCUACCCAUCUCCGCCCUCCCUCCCUCCUCCGCCUCCCACAACCGCCCAUGGGUGACUACCACCGCCCCUACCGGGGCGACCUCCGCUCGCCGCCGUCCUCCGCGCCGGACCCAGCCUUCACGCAUGCCAACGGCUAUUUCUCCUCCUCGACCUCCCCGCACUCCAACAACGGCUACUUCUCCCCAGCCUUCGCCAAGAACGACGCUUUCCCUGGCGCCGGCCCCGGCGGCGACCGGCGGGUCGAGAUCUACACCACGGCUCCUCCGCCGCACCUUCCACCUCCUCCUGGACACACGCUGGCGCUGCCCCCGCCGCCUGGGUGGAAGGAGGGGCGCAUGGGGGGCGGAGGCGGCAGCGCGGGCAGGAAAGGCGGAGGCGGAGGGGGCGGAGCCAGCAUGUGGUGCCUCAGCGACCCGGAGAUGAAGCGGCGUCGAAGGGUGGCCAGCUACAAGGCCUACUCGGUGGAGGGCAAGGUGAAGGCGUCGCUGCGGCGGGGGCUCCGGUGGUUCAAGGGCAAGUGCUCCGAGAUCUUUCACCACGGAUGGGAUUUUGUAAGAAAUCAUAGUGAGGAUGCCUGCUAGGCUGCAUCAAUCCACCAAACAUUUUCAGGGCAAAGUCGUCUCUGGUGGUUGAGCAAGCUGCUAUCGGCCGUGGAUAAAGCUGAAGACGGCAUAUACAAUACAACACAUGACAAUGCUAUGGAAAGCAACCCAACGCCGGGUUUCCCAUCUAGCAAAGGCGUACUGUGGGGGUGCUGGUUGAGACCAUGUCUUCCUCUUCCAGACUUGGCGUAUCUCAUACACUCCUAGGUUUCCUCCUGUGUGAAAGAGAUCGUUGCUUUUGUCUACUCCAGUUCUGAACAUCCCAUCUGAGAUUUUG